AUGCUUAGAGCUAUCAGAAGUGCUGUGCCUCGUGCGCAGCUGUUGCGUCAGAGUUCAUCUCGCAUUUAUACCUCCAAUGUUCCAAAGUAUCUUGCUUUAAGUUCAAGACUGCUUGCUACUUCUACUGCGGAUGCAUUCAUGCAAACAAAUAAUGCUAAUUAUAUCGAUGAAAUGUAUGAAGCUUGGCGUAAAGAUCCAUCCUCCGUACAUGUUUCUUGGAAUGCCUACUUCAAGAAUAUGGAAAGUGGAUCUGUACCUGCUUCUCAAGCCUUCGUUGCCCCUCCUACCCUUGUUCCAACUGCUACUGGUGGACAUUUGGCUUAUGUUCCUAAUACUUCAGCUCCAAUGGGUGAAGAUGUGGUGACCCAUUUGAAGGUUCAAUUGUUGGUUAGGGCUUACCAAGUGAGAGGUCACCAAAAGGCUCAUAUCGAUCCGUUGAACAUUUCUUGGGGUGACAAUGCCAAUGUUCCUAAGGAAUUGACCUUGGACUUCUAUGGGUUCACUGAAGCUGACAUGAACAAAAAAAUCACUUUAGGUCCCGGUAUUUUACCUCGUUUUGCCGAAGCCGGAAUCAAGGAAAUGACCUUGAAAGAAGUGAUAGAUAACUGUGAGAGAUUAUACUGUCAAUCUUAUGGUGUUGAAUAUAUUCACAUUCCUUCAAAGGAACAAUGUGAUUGGCUAAGAGAACGUAUCGAAAUCCCAGAACCUUACAAGUACAGUGCCGAUGAAAAGAGACAAAUCUUGGAUAGAAUGAUCUGGGCUUGUCUGUUUGAAUCUUUCCUUUCUACCAAGUUCCCUAAUGAUAAAAGAUUUGGUUUGGAAGGUGCUGAAUCAACUGUUGCCGGUAUCAAAUUCUUGAUUGAUACUUCCGUUGAACACGGUGUUGAAGAUGUUGUUAUUGGUAUGCCUCAUAGAGGUAGAUUGAACAUGUUGUCCAACGUUGUUCGUAAGCCAAAUGAAUCCAUUUUCUCUGAAUUCGCUGGUUCUCUUGCUGUUGAUGAAGGCUCCGGUGAUGUUAAGUACCAUUUGGGUAUGAACUAUGCUAGACCAACCACUAGUGGUAAGCAUGUUAACUUGUCCCUUGUGGCUAACCCAUCCCAUUUAGAAGCUGAAGACGGUGUUGUUUUGGGUAAGACUAGAGCCGUUCAACACUACAAGAAUGAUGAAGGUAGCUACGACAAGGCCAUGUCUAUUUUGAUGCAUGGUGAUGCUGCUUUCGCCGGUCAAGGUGUGGUUUAUGAAACAAUGGGUUUGGCCCAAUUGCCAGCUUAUUCUACUGGUGGUACCAUUCACGUUAUUGUUAACAACCAAAUUGGUUUCACCACAGAUCCUAGAUUCUCUAGAUCUACAUUGUAUCCAUCUGAUAUUGCUAAGGGUUAUAAUGCCCCUAUUUUCCACGUUAAUGCUGAUGAUGUUGAAGCCUGUAUUUUUGUUUUCAACUUGGCUGCUGACUGGAGAGCUAAAUGGAAGACUGAUGUUAUCAUUGACAUUGUUGGUUACAGAAAGCAUGGUCAUAAUGAAACUGAUCAACCUUCCUUCACUCAACCUUUAAUGUACCAACGUAUUGCUGAAAAGAAGUCUGUUUUGGAUAUCUACUCCAAGCAAUUGAUCGAAGAAGGUACCUUUACUCAAGAAGAUGUUGAGGAACAUAAGAAAUGGGUUUGGAACAUGUUGGAAGAUUCCUUCUCCAAAUCAAAGGAAUACAAACCAACUUCCAGAGAAUGGUUGACUACUGCUUGGGAAGACUUCAAGUCACCCCGUGAAUUGGCUACUGAAGUAUUGCCUCACUUGCCAACUGCUGUUGAUGAGGCUACUUUGAAGAAGAUUGGUGAUAUAAUCUCUGAUGCUCCAGAAGGUUUUGAUAUCCACAGAAAUUUAAAGAGAAUUUUAAACAACAGAAAGAAGACUGUCGAUUCUGGUGAAGGUAUCGAUUGGUCCACAGCUGAAGCCUUAGCUUAUGGUUCCUUAUGUUUGGAAGGUUACCAUGUCCGUGUCUCUGGUCAAGAUGUUGAAAGAGGUACUUUCUCUCAAAGACACGCAGUGUUGCAUGACCAAAAGUCUGAAGGAGUUUACGUUCCAUUGAACAACUUAUCGGAAGAUCAAGGAAAAUUUGCCAUUUCCAACUCAUCAUUAUCCGAAUAUGGUGUUAUGUCUUUUGAAUAUGGUUACUCUUUAACUUCUCCUGAUGCCUUUGUGCAAUGGGAAGCUCAAUUUGGUGAUUUUGCCAACACAGCUCAAGUUGUCAUUGAUCAAUUCCUUGCUGCUGCUGAAUACAAAUGGAAGCAAAGAUCUGGUCUUGUUGUUUCAUUGCCUCACGGUUAUGAUGGUCAAGGUCCUGAACAUUCUUCUGGUAGAUUGGAAAGAUAUUUACAAUUGGCUAAUGAAGACUUCCGUUAUUUCCCAUCUGAAGAAAAGUUACAAAGACAACAUCAAGAUUGUAACAUGCAAAUUGUUUACCCAACCACCCCAUCUAAUUUAUUCCACUUGAUGAGAAGACAAAUGCACAGACAAUUCCGUAAACCAUUGAUCUUGUUCUUUUCCAAGUCUUUAUUGAGACAUCCAUUGGCCAGAUCUUCAUUAUCUGAAUUCACAGGUGAAUCACACUUUGAAUGGAUUAUUGAAGAUAAAGCUGCAUUUGGUGAAUCCUUAGUUGCUAAGGAAGAUAUCAAGAGAGUUAUCUUAUGUAGUGGUCAAGUUUACACUUCAUUGUACAAGAAGAGAGAAUCUCUUGGUGACAAACAUACUGCUAUCAUUAGAGUUGAACAAUUGCAUCCAUUCCCAUAUGCCCAAUUGAAGGAAGCCUUGCCUCAAUACACUUCAUUGGAAGAUUUGGUUUGGUGUCAAGAAGAACCUUUGAACAUGGGUGGGUUUGCUUAUGUUUCUCCAAGACUUAAGUCUGUCUUGAAGGAAGCUGACAUGGACAUUCUGUUCAGAUAUGCUGGUAGAGAUCCAUCUGCUUCUGUUGCUGCUGGUAGUAAGGCCAGACACGUUGCUGAAGAAGAAGCUUUCUUAGCUGAAGCUUUCCAAGCAUAG